GCGGCGCACUUCCGCCUGCGCGCAUCGCCGCCCCGCGGACUGCUGGGCCUUGGAGCGGGCCUGUUAGUCGCUUGGCUCCUACCCGGGCCUCGGGGAGAGGAGUAGAAGAUGUCUAUGGAUGUGACAUUUCUUGGGACAGGUGCAGCAUAUCCAUCCCCAACCCGGGGUGCAUCUGCCCUGGUCCUUCGGUGUGAGGGUGAGUGCUGGCUCUUUGACUGUGGGGAAGGAACACAGACACAGCUUAUGAAAAGUCAACUGAAAGCAGGGAGAAUUACCAAGAUCUUCAUCACACAUCUUCAUGGAGACCAUUUCUUUGGCCUUCCUGGCCUCCUAUGCACAAUCAGCCUACAGAGCGGCUCCGUUGUCACCAAACAGCCUAUUGAAAUCUAUGGCCCUGUAGGGCUUCGGGACUUUAUCUGGCGAACGAUGGAGCUCUCUCAUACAGAGUUGGUCUUUCCUUAUGUGGUCCAUGAGCUGGUGCCUACAGCAGAUCAGUGUCCCGCAGAGGAGCUAAGAGAAUUUUCCCAUGUGGAUAAAGCAGACAGCCCUCCUAAAGAGGGACAAGGAAGAACUAUCCUGUUAGACUCAGAGGAGAACUCAUACCUUCUGGUUGAUGAUGAACAGUUUGUUGUAAAAGCAUUCCGCCUCUUUCACCGAAUUCCCUCCUUUGGGUUUUCAGUUGUGGAAAAGAAACGCCCAGGUAAACUCAAUGCACAGAAGCUAAAAGACCUUGGUGUUCCACCAGGUCCUGCCUAUGGGAAGCUGAAAAAUGGAAUUUCUGUUGUUCUGGAAAAUGGGAUUACAAUUUCUCCCCAGGAUGUCUUAAAAAAGCCUAUUGUUGGAAGAAAAAUCUGCGUAUUGGGUGACUGCUCUGGAGUUGUGGGUGAUGGAGGAAUGAAGCUGUGCUUUGAUGCAGACCUAUUGAUCCAUGAGGCAACCUUGGACGAUGCCCAGAUGGACAAAGCAAAGGAGCAUGGCCACAGCACACCACAGAUGGCAGCAACAUUUGCAAAGUUGUGCCGUGCAAAGAGGCUGGUUCUGACACACUUCAGUCAGAGGUACAAACCAGUUACUUUGGCCAGGGAAGGAGAAGCAGAUGGCAUUGCAGAACUGAAAAAGCAAGCAGAAUCAGUAUUAGAUUUCCAAGAAGUGACACUAGCAGAAGAUUUUAUGGUGAUUGCCAUUCCGAUCAAGAAAUGAAACCAGUGUUCCUACAUACAUAUUGAUGUGUCUGUGAAUAUGUUGCCAAACCUACAGUCUAGGUUUUUGUUUUCUGUUUUUUGUUUGAAAUUAUUUUGGCCCUAAUAAUCCUAGAAGGGAUGGAGCUGCAUUGCUGAACUGACUCAGUAGUAAGAAGGCAAACUUUCUGAUAAUAAAUCUUUUUUAAAGAUUAAAAAACAA